CUCUUGUGCCCUACUUCAUUCACUCAUCAUAAUUCAUUUUUGGUUAACUCUAAAGUUUUAUUCCAUCUUUGUCCUUCCAUUUUGAUUCUCUUCAAACACACACCACUAAAACAAUGAGGAUAUAUAGGGAAGAAAGUAUUAAAAAAUAAUAAAAUAUUAUAGAGAUUUGCAGUUGAGUAUAUGUUGUUUCAGAUGCAUAAAUAAACCAAAACCAUCAUAGAAGAAAAAGCUUGCAACUAUGAGUUUUCCAAAUGAAUCCAUGCCUGAUUCUCCUCAGAGAAAGAUUGGAAGGGGAAAGAUUGAGAUCAAGAGGAUUGAAAACACAACAAAUCGCCAAGUUACCUUCUGCAAACGUAGAAAUGGCUUGCUUAAGAAGGCAUAUGAGUUAUCUGUGCUUUGUGAUGCAGAAGUUGCUCUUAUAGUCUUUUCGACUCGUGGCCGUCUCUAUGAAUAUGCAAAUAACAGUGUGAAAGCUUCUAUUGAGAGGUAUAAGAAAGCAUGUUCUGAUACUUCUGGUGCUAAAUCAGCUUCUGAGACUAAUGCUCAGUAUUAUCAGCAAGAAGCUGCGAAACUGCGAGUGCAAAUCAGUAAUUUGCAGAAUCAUAACAGGCAAAUGAUGGGUGAAGCUUUGAGCAAUAUGAACGGUAAGGAACUCAGAAACCUCGAGAGUAAAUUAGAAAAAGGAAUUAGCCGAAUUCGCUCCAAGAAGAAUGAAAUGCUAUUUGCAGAAAUUGAGUACAUGCAGAAAAGGAUCUCAGAAAAUGAUCAGAGGAACAACCAUAAUGUUAAUGUGUUGCAUGGAGGCACAAACUUCGAAUGCAUCCAACCUCAGCAGCAAUUCGACUCUCGCAGUUACUUCCAAGUGAAUGAAUUACAACCUAAUAAUCAGUAUGCCAGGCAGGACCAGAUGUCUCUUCAAUUUGUCUGAUGUGUUUGCGGUUGAGAAGGGCAAAGAGUUCGAGUUUCUGGUAUUUGAAUCUUGACAAUCUUAUGAUAGCGUAUGCGUGAAGAAACUAUAAGAAAGACUCUGAGGAGGGAAUUUAUUUAAGUACUUCCUUUCAAUACUAUGUAGUGGCUUUAUGGAAUUUCAUAAGCGCUUAUCCAUGUAUCUAUUAUGAAAGCUUCUAUGGUCUGUUUAGAAUGUGUAUUAAGACACUAAGUAUGGAGAUUACACAUUAAUUAAUUGGCAUGUUUGUCAAAUUGUACUUUCCAU